GCUUUGAAGGUCAGAAGGUUGUGACUGUGAAGUAUGGGAAAGAUAUGCAUGGUCUUUAGUGCCCUCCAGCGGACACCAGUAGCUACUACAACACACUGUGACCCAUCAUGGCGGCGUCCUCUCGUCUCAUAUCCAGGCUGACAUUAGUGACGGGAGGCGGCAGUGGCAUCGGCAGGGCCGUGUGUCAGAGAUUCGCCUCUGAAGGAGCUUCUGUAGUAGUGGCUGACCGCAAUGAGGAAUCAGCCAAUCAGACACUGGAAUUGCUGUCACGUGACCACAGAGGUCAGGGCCACAUGGCCCUGGAGGUGGACGUGUCAUCGAAGGACAGUGUGGAGAAGCUAGUGACAAGUAUACAGCGCCGCUACUUCCAGCCGCCGUCUGUGUGUGUGAAUGCAGCUGGGAUCACUCAAGAUGAAUUCCUUCUCAAGAUGGAAGAAGAUGAUUUUGAUAAAGUCAUUAAAGUCAAUCUGAAGGGAACGUUUCUCGUGACUCAGACCGUCUCGAAGGCUUUAGUUUCUGCCGGCGCUGUGAAGGGCUCCAUCAUCACUGUGGGCAGCAUAGUGGGCAAGGUUGGGAAUAUGGGGCAGGUGAAUUACUCUGCUUCUAAAGCAGCAACACCGAACAUAUUUACAGACCUGCAGACAUUUUACUCUUUAGAGUUUGUGGUGCUGCUUAUGUCUUAG